UCGCUCACGCCAGAGCAGAUCAACAUGGGGGUGGAUUGGUUGGGCAAGUUUGGGUACCUCCCACCCACGGACCCUGUGACAGGACAGCUGCAGACCAAGGAGGCUCUGACCAAAGCCAUCAAAGCCAUGCAGAAGUAUGGAGGCCUGGAGGAGACAGGAGUGCUAGACGAUGAGACCCUGGUUCUGAUGAAGACUCCACGCUGCUCCCUGCCAGACUUCUCGGAGUCAGAGUCACAUUCAGGCCGGCGGAGGCGUACACUGCCCUCCCAGACCAAGUGGAGCAAAAGACACCUCUCCUGGAGGAUUCGGACGUUCCCGAAGGAGUCCCACCUGCUGGGGCGGGACACGGUGCGUGCGCUGAUGUACUACGCCCUGAAGGUCUGGAGCGACAUCGCGCCCCUCAACUUUCACGAGGUGGCGGGGGGUGAAGCAGACAUACAGAUCGACUUCACCAAGGCCGACCACAACGACGGCUACCCCUUCGACGGGCCCGGAGGCACCGUGGCGCACGCCUUCUACCCAGGGGACCGUUUUACUGCAGGGGACACGCACUUCGAUGACGACGAGGCCUGGACGUUCCGGUCACCAGAGGAUCAUGGGAUGGAUCUGUUUGCAGUGGCUGUGCAUGAGUUUGGUCACGCCAUUGGCCUUGCACACACCUCUGCCAUUGAGUCCGUCAUGCGGCCGUACUACCAGGGCCCAGUGGGAGACCCACUCAAGUACAACCUCCCCUAUGAGGACAAGGUCCGUGUCUGGCAGCUCUAUGGGGUGCGAGAUUCAACGUCCCACACUGACCCUCCUGAGACCCCUCGCAGUGCAGAUCCCCCCGUCCUCCUCGACUUCCCGGAAAACAAGUCAACCGUCCCACCGGCUCCUGAUGCCCCAGACAGGUGUAGCACACACUUUGAUGCUGUGGCCCAGAUACGCGGAGAAGCCUUCUUUUUCAAAGGGAAGUACUUCUGGCGUCUGACUCGGGAGAAGCACCUGGUGUCUCUGCGCCCAGCUCAGAUCCAGCGGUUCUGGAGGGGCCUGCCUGCCAACCUGGACAGCCUGGACGCCGUGUACGAGAGGCCCGGGGACCACAAGAUCGUCUUCUUCAAAGGUGUUAAGUACUGGGUGUUCAAGGACAACAACGUGGAGGAGGGCUACCCCCGGCCAAUCAGCGACUUCGGCCUGCCCGCGGAGGGCGUGGACGCCGCCUUCGUCUGGCCGCAUAACGAGAAGACCUACUUCUUCAUUGGGAGCCGCUACUGGCGCUACGACGAUCACCUGCGGCGCAUGGACCUGGGCUACCCCAAGGACAGCGUGCUGUGGAAGGGGGUCCCGCCGCAGCUGGACGAUGCCAUGAGGUGGUCUGACGGCUCCUCCUACUUCUUCAAGGGGAAGGAGUACUGGCGGGUGCUGGGGAGUGAUAUGGAGGUGGAGGCAGGCUACCCACGGCCCAUCGGCAAGGACUGGCUGCUGUGCACCGAUAUGCAGUCUGACUCUCCGGCCCUGGAGGCCAACAGAACAGAGAUGCGCUCGCACGGCCAGCGCCACGCCAGCCACGCGGAAAACAACUACGAGGUGUGCUCCUGCACCUCCGACUCGGCCACGCCCAUCUCACCCCACCUGACCCUCUCACCCCUCUGGCUGCUGACCCCCCUCUGGACACUCACAGUGACUCUCUCUACAGAGCUAUGAUGACAGGACCAGAGACUCACAGGCACACAAAA